UGACAUUAAUGUGCAUACGGCUCUGAAAAAUUAUGUUACCGACUAUGACGGAAGACGACUUUUCAAAUGACACGAGCAGCCAAUUACCUGCGUUACAUUAAUAUCUUCAGCUAUUAUUGAAUGCAUCGAACGUAUUAUUAGCGAAUAAUUAGUUGGGGAAAUUUGUAGAGUUGUUGAAGCGUGAAACGCUUUCGUUUUCUUAGGACACGGGAGACACGUCCACCGGCGCGGCGGCGGCGGCGGUCAGCGAGUGGCGACUGCACCCUGCUGCCUCGCGCCUUCAUCAGCGUGCCGUGAUGCGCCCUCGUUCAGUCGACAAUCGAACUCCUUGCGUGGCUCACGUUCUCGUACAAUGUAAAUAGUGCGUAGCACGUUGUUACCAGUAAUAGUGAUUAACUCAAUAUGUUUAACAAGAAACUUUACUUCGCGUUAAUAGCAUUAUUAGUUAUAAGUAAUGUUGUCUGCGGGAAAAAAUCUAAGAAAAAUAAACGGCCUAAGGAUCAAGAGGAGCAAACAACCAUACAACCUAAUGUAGUCGCCUAUUCAACUUUCGGAUUUAACGAUGUUGGUGCAUACGAUGGGUUUAUACCCACGUCCCCGGAUUAUGCCAACUUCCUAAGUGGUGUCAAUCAAGAAUCUACAACAAGAUUAUACGCUCCUGCAUUCCCCAGCUCCAUAGACUCUACAGGAUAUAGUGGAAAUUAUGGUCCUCAAGCAUUCGACGGCCACUCCUACAGCGUGAACGAGGACAACGCAGGGCAAGCCGGUAUGUUUCACUAUGCACCUAAUUCAAUGAACAUUUUCAAUAGCCCUAAUUAUGGCACAACCGCCGAACAAAAUAAAAAUACUGAGUCUGAAGACACUAAUGGGCAAAAUACAGAUGAUUCAGAUGCACCAGUUUAUGGCACUAAAAUAAAUUCUCGACAUAAAUACAGAGCCAUCAAUCAGUUCAAUAAUUCUGAAGUCAAUGCCUUUAACAGUGGUUAUUCAAAUUUAUCAGACGAUAAGUAUUUACACUUUCCUGAAGCAGAUUCCACACAUGAUAAAAAGCCUGCGUUCAUUGAGUCUAGUGGAAGUUUUCAAAAUACUAACAGUUUUGUCCAAAAUUAUGAACCGACAGAAAAUGAGGACUUUCGGAAACCAUUCUCUUCCAAUGUCCAUAAUGUAAUUAAGUUUCCAAAAGUAGUUGAUUUUACGAAAUUACACCCAUACUAUCCUAAUGAAUUAGAUACUUCUAAGAUUUUGACAGCGGACUCUUAUCAGCCUCUGAAUCCUCAAAAUUCCAUGGGAAGCACUCAAAUGGAUAAUACUUUUUCAAAUUCCUUUAAUUACAACAAUAAUAACAACAAUAAAUUUAUCGAUUCCUCACCAAAAUUGGUAGACAAUUACAAUAUGAAAAAUAACGAAGACUCUGCUGAUAAGUCUGUCGUUAAACAAAAUGCAUUUUUUGAACAUGGUGGAACUGAUAAUCAUGUUAACACACGUCAUAAGAAUAGUGCACAUACAACAAAAUCAUCUGAACAAAAGAAGAAAAUCAAGCAUAAACCAUGGUCUUCUGGAAAUUACAGUAAUGAUUUUAAAGAUUGGAAGGAUUCAUCGUCCAUAAAAGGCUAUGGAUAUUCUACAAAUUUCAGUAAUAUGAACUUCAGAUACGAUGUAAGUGAGCCCAAAAAACCUUUUAAUCAUGAUGAAAUAGAACCAGCAGGCAGCAAUUUAGUUGAUUUAACAAGUUACCAAUUUCCGGAAUCGGAUUAUUCAAAUUUCAAAAAAAUGCCUGAAUUUAAUGAAGACGAUGAUUACAACAGCGUAUCAUUGAAAGAUAAAUUUAAAACAAAUGAAUACCUGAAUCAAUUUAAACACUCGUUCAGUACUGUUCCAACUACAACAUCUUACUGGGGAAAUGCAUUUAAAUCAUCAGAUUACUCAUCCCUUAGGGAUCACCCGAAAAAAACUCACUAUGGAGAUAUUAAUACCGAUUCUGUGGUUAACAUUCCAAAAAGACCACAUAAGUUAAGCUAUCCAAAACCGACGGAGGGUAAAGUAGGAGACUGGCCACACCAACAUAGCAGACCUCAUAAACAUAACAAACAACCAAACGACUGGACACUUAACUUGGACACCAGAUUCAAGUCCGAAGAAGAUUUAUUGGGUCUCAGAACGCACGAUACCUCUCAUCCGACAUAUUUGCCGACAUUCAAGCCGAGUAGCAGUAUUUAUGACAAUGAUAAUGAAUUUAAAAACCUGGUUGAAAAGUGGCGUCAGUCAUAUUUGAAGACGAAAUAUAAAGAUGUACCUGUGCGUGAUUAUGAAAGUUACGGGUCUGAAGUCAAGCCUACACAUGUGCCAAUACCGAAACCAUACCCGAUCGAAGUCCCUCACCCGGUUAUAGUCCCGGUGCCGCGUCCGUUCCCGGUGCGGGUGCCGGUGUCUAGGCCGGUCGCGGUGCCCGUGCUGCGGGAGAUCACCGUCCCUAUCGUGAAGCCGGUGCCUUACCCCGUCUACAAAAAGGUUCCCUACCCAGUAGAGAAGCUAGUCCCUGUGCCUGUUGAAAAAGAGGUGACAGUGCCGGUGGAAAAGCCUUACCCAGUUCAUAUUCCCUACGUGCGACCAGUAUUCCAUCACACGAAGCCGGUUCAUGAGGACCCUGAGAAUUUAGAAGAGGAUGACUACAUGCGCCGUCCUGAAGUGAAGAAGCCUUCUCAGUAUAAGAAGAGACCUUAUGGUUCCCGUAACAGAUCGCGAAGGCCGUCUCGCUCCAGCUACCAGGAACGCAACAGGAGGAGGUGGCCCGAGCGCCGCCGGCCUUCCUCCAACAGCGAGCACAGACACCACUCCAGGCCCUCGGAGUACUACUCCCCGCCGUACAAGCAUCAUAACUACGAACCUGAGGAUGAGGACGAACACAGUGACUAUGCCCUCUAUUGCAGGAGAACAGGCAACUGUUGAUCAAACUCAACUAGUGAUGAAAGACUGCUUACGUGUUCAUAACUCCAUCAUUACAAUUAAGCCCUAACCAAUGCAUUUGUAGAUCGUUUCUCAUAUUUUGCAUUUCAUGUUCCGUAGUUCGGGGCAUCGUGUCAAAGUAUUUAAUUUGUGUAUACUUGUUGAAUAGUUGUCUUUAUUUAAGGUUUUGUAGCGUAAGUAUUUCUAUUGGUGUUCAAGCCACUGUGCCAAAAACUUCGAAUUGUUCUUAUAUGUUAAUUUUAUAUCUUUUUAUUUUAUUAUGUUUGUACUUGUAGUUUAAGAAUAUUGUUAUCUCGUCUUAUUUUUUGUAUAGUAGAUUUAAUUAUUUAUCGAUUAGUCAGUAAAUGGAUUUCGAAAC